GAUGCGGCUUCACAUCCCCGCACGCUGCUCCCCCUCCCUGAAGCCUCCGCAGUUGGAGGGGGGAAUAGGGGGGAGCAGCAGAGGGACACGUGGCACCAGGGGAUUGGUGGACGUGCGUCAGGCAGACGGAACAGUGGUAGCAGUGGGGGUGGCAGUGGCAGCGGUGGUGGUGGUGGUGGCGGCAGUGGCGGUGCUAAGAGCAGGUCUAUUCCGGUGGGGAUGCCGCAGCGACAAUCUUUUGGGCAGUCAUCUGGGUCGUUUUCCGGCAGUUGGCGCCGCCUCACUCUCUCCAGCUCCUUUGGGGCCAGCUUUCCUCGCAACCCCUCCUCGCCCUCCCUCAACGCG